AUGGAGAUCAGCAGCUAUCCAGCCCUGAGCACCCAGCCGGGAGUGGAUCGAAGAUGUGCGCUACAGUCAUGUGCGCUGCGCGACGGUCCGGGGCUGAGUCACCUGGCGCCGCGCUAUGCCGCGCUAGGAGCUGGGUUCGAUGCCGGCUCCGCCCUCCUUGACACUCCGGUGCGGUUUCCGCCGCAUCGGGUGAAGGGGCGAUUCGUGAUCUCCAUGGGAAAUCCCGCAGACAUCGCCGGAGCCGCGACAGACGCCACCGGAGGAGUGGCCACAGAUGAGUUUGCAGCAGGAUUCCUCCGCCGGACAAGGCCAGCUGUGGUGCUUUUGGGAUCGCCUGCGACUCUGAAAGCAAAGCUCGUGGUCAAGAUCAAGGACUCGGACGAUGACAAUCGGAAGCAAUUUAUUGAGGACAAUCCCCCAGUGGCGACGUCGCCCUGCAAGUGGAAGGGAUGCCUCACCUGGUUUAGUAAGACUGAGCCAUUUAGCCCGGUGCUCUUUAAUCCGUUGACAGGGGUCUGGACGCACGACGAACAGCCGGUGAACAUGUGGCAGAAACAGUACGACUACCGUGGCUCAGCGGCAUUGGUGGGGGAACGCCCAUGGAACGCCGUGAAAGGAACGUCGGUGAAGGCGUUGCAAGUCUCAGACCCCAUGUACAUUGCAGCCAUCGUGAACCUCACGUUGGAUGAGCGUUUGGCCUGCGGCAGGGACGAUCGCCCCUUGCGGCGUAGUGCCAUCGUGGUGGGCUUUGCCCUGAAUAAUCUCGUGGUAAGAUCGGAGCAAGUCAUGGAGCUGCGUGCGCCCAUCGGCUGGCUCUUUGAUUCGGAUUGCAAGGUGAAGACGGAGGCGACGGAGGUCUAUCCCUCGCCCUCAGAGAGGCCUACAGUGAUCUCGCUGGUGAACAACACUCCAGAACUGCCUGUAUGGGACUGGCCUCGUACAGCUCGGAUCAUCUCCUGUCGUGGCGACCAACAUAUGGCCUACAUUCGUGUUGGCCCCGGUCUGGAUCGGCGAAGGGUCUACCUGUUCCUGAUCGAGUUGAAACAGAACCCUGCCACGACGCCGAUUGCCAACACCUGGUCCCUGACCAUCGGUGGCGAAUCCUCGGGCGCCAUGGAUGGCUUUCCAGUUUGGACCUUCCCAGGGGUUCGAAUUGAACCUGUCCUUUUGGCUUGGACCAAUAAGACCAGCCCGGUGUCCAUGCCUGUGGCAGUCUUCUUUGAGACAACGAACUGGCUCUUCUAUUUUGAACCGCCCUUGACGCCUCUCUCAACUUUGAAGCCCAUCCUUCGAAUCGUGAUGCCAGCGCAGUACGAGUUCUUGGUCCAGGCCUCGGAUCAGGACAUGCAAGGAGAGCGCUGCUUCAUGAGUAUGCAACAGGAAGGGAGCUGUCGACUGUGUGGUGUUCCAUUUUUGCCGCACGAAGCCUGGUGCGUGAGAGAGUGGAACCGGAAAAAUGCCGCGGAGAUCCAGUUUUUACCCUCCAAGAUCAUCGAACCUGGGAACCAGUACAGCAUCUGGGUGGUGGUCACGAAUCCUCACUCGCGUGAUGCGCUGGAUGCUCCGCCGGAGACCCCGGGACCCCGGGUCAGCACCUGGCUGAUGGAGACCUUCUUCGGUGAGCCGGUGCCACCGGCCGUGGCACCCUUCGGCUACUGGCUGGACUACGUCGUGGCACCAGGCUACCGUAUCUCUGGCUUGAGCGAGUUGACAGUGGAGACGCCGGAGGCCCGCGACGGUGGAAGCUUCGUGGAUUGGGUCACCUUCACCAUGCUGGGGCGAUUUCCAGAUCUGCUGCUGCCCGGGGAUUUGAUCGAGAUCAAAGCACCUCCGGGAUAUCAGCUCUCAUAUCUCCAACCGGGAUUUCAGCUGGUGGUGUUGUGCUACGGCUUCCGGUGGAUUUCCACCAUUUGGCCACCUCCCUUGCCCCCGGAUGUCGAUCCGGACACAGUGCCAAUGCACCUGCUGCCGAUUCGGCCGCCGGAACGACCCCCAGUGCCUGAGGGCGUGCCCACGUGGGCCAGUGGAAAUUCAGUCCUUGAGAUCGCCCCUACGGAGCUGUCGGAUGAUCUGCAGUGGGCUUGGGAUGGCGCCUGGGUCAUGAGGAUGCCGAUCAACUUCACGGCCGCGAUCCUGAAUGACUACGCCAACUUCCUGGCACUCAUUGACGGCAAUGAUAGCAACUACAGCAACUUGUCGGCCAGUGACUAUGUGGCCCCUGGAGGGGUGACCUUGAUGCAACGGAUCGGAUUGCCUGAAUGGGCGGUGCCAGCAGCGGCCCGUUCACAGUUGUUGACCAUGGGCAACGACACGAUGAACGCGUCCACGGAGUACUUGGUGCUGCGAAGCCACUGUUUGGACAAAUUCGCACAGGACGGAGGUGGGAACCUGAUGAACAACGACUUCAACUGGUCCAAGGUGCCAACGACUGCCGAAUUUCAGGUCUUCUACGAGGUGAAGAGUUGGAUCUACCACAACGGCACGGCGGUGGGAAAACCGGAGACCUUCAACUUCACGGACUUCGUCCUGUCGAAGAAUUUGACGGAUCCCAGCAACGCCGGGAAAGCACAGAUGGGGGCCGAUGUUUUGUGGCUGGAGUUGCAGCGAAAAGCUGGAAGUACAGUUGUUACUCCUUAUCCCUACUUCUGUUGCUUGUGUACCCAGGAAUCUGCGAGAGUGAGCAACAUGACCAACGAGAGUGCUGGAAUCUCCACAUUGGACGAGAUCCAUCUCUGCUUCCGCGCCCUGUUCCAAGCCUCGCGCUCCGCCAUCGAUGGACUGGACGUGGGGGCUAUCCUCCAGGAAGACACCGCCAAAGCAGUUAGGAUUUCCGCUGAGGAAUUGUUCGAAGGCCGAACAGUUCUGCGUGCAGAACUGCACUGGCAAUGCGACAGAAACGUCAGGGGCCUGGCGGAGGGCUGUCGCUGCCUACUUUGGACCCCGCAACGAGACCGCAAUGAGACACGCUGUGACACCCUGCCAGCUCGGGCCCGAGAACGGGGCUCCAGCGAGAUCGUGGGUUUUCCAUUGGGCGUUGGUGGCUUGCCCGAUGGAGCAGAGAGCCUGGAUCCUGGCGAUGCCAUGGUGGUGGCAGCGUACAACGAGCUUCUGGCCUUAGAUCAACCUGACUUGGAGGUCCUAGCCAAAGCACCCGAUGUGAGAUUCCAAUCCAUUGAUGCCAAGCUCUCCAAUGCCUUGAGGAAAGUCAUUGACAAUGCUGGGGACAAGUCCAUGCAAGUGAAGUAUGACAUGUCCAUGAAGAAUCAAUUGUAUGGGAGAAGUGGGGACUUCAUCAAGGGACGAGAACUAUUCGCAAUGAUACUGAUUAGCUUCAAGUCACCUGACCAUACUGAAGUUCUCUACAACGCACAUCAUUUGUAUAUGUUCAACUACUAUGGAGAUGACCAGCUUGAGGCCUUCUACAACAAGUGGCUUGACAUCGUAUACAACAUGAAGCAUGAUGAUCUGCCUUCCAACAAUUCCCUGCGUGACACAUUGUUCCGGAAGAUUGAACACUCAAAGCUUAUGGCCUUUGAUAUCAACCGAUACAAAACCUUUGAUGAAGGGCAUCCCGAGAAGACCUAUGUUUACCUAACUGGUAUGAUCAAAGGAUACAUAGCAAGAGGAAAGCAAGAACGACUGUUGAAGGAUAGAGAAUGUGCAGUGAAACUGUCAUUGUCCUCUAACAAGACGACACCUGCCUUAGAAGAUGCAGACAAGCCUGCCGCUCCCGUCAAGACCAAGAAGGAGAACGAAGCAGCUGCAUCGUCUACAGGUGAUCCUCCCAAGCGGCCUAAGGCGAAAGCGAAGAGUGAAGCUGCAUCUGUACUUCCUACACCUUCUCCGAAAUCUCAUGCCGACAAGAACAACAAGAAAGGCAAAGGUGGGAAGGGAAGAUCAUCUUCACCCGUUGACAAGAAGAAGAUUUUCUGUAACUACUUCUUCAAUAAAGGAGGAUGCAACAAAGGCGACAAAUGUCUUUACAGUCACUCUCAGAAGGUCUAUGAUGCCAAGAUGAAAGGUAAGAAAGGCAGAAGUGGAAGUCGAGAUUCAUCAAGGGGAAAGAGUAAAGGAAGUUCGUCUUCAGCUGGACCCAAAAAGAAGGAUAUCUUCGACAAAGACAAAGAUCCAGAAGAGAUGACCCUCCAGGAAUUGAUCGAUGCCCAACCAGACCAUUGGAAGAAGGGCAAAGCUGGAGCCGAGAAGAAGAAGUUGGAAAAGAAAGAGGCCGAUGACAAAGCCAAAAGAUUGGUCGAGGAGAAGAAGAAGAGGGCAACGAAGAAGGAGAAGAAAGAUUCAAAGAAAGACAAGGACGAGCCAAAGUCCAAGGACGAUGAAGAGCCCGCCGCCUUUUUUCGCGGACCGCAGACGGCGGAGAGCAAUGCGUCGAACGGCAGCAAUUCGAGCAAUAGCACUGCAGGAUCUUUAACUGCACAGUUGUCGGGUCUGGUGGCAUUGAUGGGAUCCAUCCUGUCUCAUGAAGGUCUACAGAACAUAACACCACCCGUGUGCAAAUGCGGCUUGUCGCCUCGGCUUCUUUGGUCGCCCACAGACGUUCUCAUGGCGGUGGUCUGGCGCUCUAAGGUAAACCUCACCAAGGAGGUAGAAGACUACCGCUUGGAGUAUGAGGCGGCCGUACGACUUCGAAGCCUCGACGCAUCUCCGCUGCAAGCGCCGGCAGAGUGUGAUGGCAACAAGGUGUCCUUUAACAUCAAAGAAGAAGAUAUGCAUCCGGACCCCCAGUUUGUGAACUCCACGGUCACCUUUCGCUUCCAGCUCCGCUUCACCAACCCCCGGCGUCCUCCCUUGGAUUACGAGAACAAUUGGAUCAUGCUGCACAGCCGCAACGUGCAGAUGGUGGAUGCAGCCAAUGCGGAUGCCAUCUUAUCGUCCGAUGCGAUGCAGAGCUGGAAUGUAAGGAGCAAGCUGCGGUAUAUCUCCAUCGAGAGGCUCACAGAGGUUCUGCGCCCCGACGACACGGCAGAGAUUCACUUCGAGUUUGUGACGGUGAACGUGGCAGAUCAGCUGGUGAUCCAAGCAGUCAGCCCUGUAGGUGCUGAGAUCCGGCAUUUUGCGGAAUCAGCGGUGGGCCGACGCUUGCUGUGGCAAGGCUUCACCAGUGGUAUCAGCAUCCAAGAUGGCUACAGGAAUGAGGUGACUUUGAGGGUGAACUUCGACAAGAACGAGUAUGUUCGUUUCAGACUGGCGGGCAUCCGCAUCCCUUGGACCGGUGGCCAGGCCCUCUUCACCAUGUACACCUCCAUCGUGGGGCAGCGUCAGGACGAGAUUGAGCUGUGCUGCUACGAAGGCGAGCCCCCUGAGAAUCCGGCCACCGUCUUCCAGGUGCCGUAUCGCCUGCAAGGGCUCCGCGCUGUGCUUCAAAGCGAGUGGGAUCAAGAGGCUUUCAACUUUCCCAUUGCCUCCAGCAUGAAGACCAGGCUCGAUGAGCAGCACCUGGUGACGGUCACCUUCAUGGUAGCGGAUGUCAUCGAGCUGCCACCACAGGCGACCCAAAUGGUCAUGAUCGUUCGAGCACCAGUGGGUUACUCCAUCAUCCUCUCGGACGACUUGAUGGACGUCCGCGACAGCUCCUUCCUGGUGGAGGACCUCACUGCCACCAAUGGAGAGGGUCUCCGCAUGCGCAGUCUGCCCUUCAUCUUGGACUUGGAAGAGAGCAACGAGCGCAAGAUCCAAGUGGGUUUGCCGGGGCUUCGACGGAUGGCAAUGGAUCUGGAAUUCCGCAUCCUUUUCCAGGCUGUGACACCAUCCAAACAUGCCGUGCGCGUGAGGGACGAUCUAUGGGUUGUCGAGAUCACCGACGACUACAAGCUGCAACAGCAGCUGGUCUCGCAACAGAAGGGUUCCCUGGACGACUUCGAAUUGCUGAGCAAGGUGAAUUUCACCGUGGCCACCCCGCGUGCUCCGCCGGAAGUGGUCAUCGAAUUGGAGGUAACUCUUUUUGAUUUGGGUGAAAAAUCCGAGUACCCGAAUCGUGUGGAUGUCUACGCCCCGGCAGGAUACAAAUUCUUGCUGAGUUGCUUCGCACCUGGUGAACGCGAGCGCUUGAAGAAAAACUUGGUCUCCUGCCGCGAGCGAUGGACACUCUUCAACGGCAACUACCUCAGUGGUGCCAUUCUCAUGGCAGCGGACAAUGGCGUGUUGCCAUCCGACAUGCCCAUGACCAUCAAGUUGCUGGCCAGCACACCGCCUCUCACACCCGAAAGGAACUACUUCUUUGUGGUGACGAAGCAGCGGGAAGGCGAUGCGGGCUGGGGCAUGACCACAGAGGCCUUUCCCAUCACUCCCAUGCCGGUCACGAUCCGAUACACGGGUGUGGCAGGGGCGGAGGUGCCGUUGUUUAUGGCUCUGCAGAUUCGAUAUCCUUUGGAAUGGGGUGGACACUUGCACAUCGCAGCGCCCUUGUUGUACCAGAUCCUGUGCCCCAUCGACAAGAUCUUGCUGGCGCCGGAUGAUUUCAGACUGCCCAACUGCACGCAUGAGGAUCCUGUGCUGAAUGGUUGCUUCGGCCUUCCAAUUGUGGGAGAUCCAGAUCCGAAUCCUCUCCUUCCGCUGUGCGAUCCUUUGCACGAAAUCAUUCUGACGUUCGAACUGCCCUGGUGGGGCAACUUGGACCCCGAGGAGUUUCCGGAUCUGCCACCCAUCGCCCCAGUGGCCCUGCAGGGCGGUACGGAGCUCCUUUGGUCCAUCACGGUGAAGGUGCCCGACAGCACCCCGAAGGUCCGCAGCAACAACGUCUUCCGCGUACGGGUCAUGGAUGCCAACAAAGUGGCCGUCGAUGGCAACCUCUGGCUGCCUGGAGAGGAGGUGCGAACCAUUCCGCGGGUUCAAGAUUUCAAGAUCUGGUUCACGCAACCGGUGCCCGCAUCCAUGAUGACUGUGGCCAUCCACUUCUCCUUCAACAAGACGCUGCCGCGAGGCGAAGAGUCAUCCCCCUUGCGGGUCAUUGAAAUCAUGGCACCGCAGGGGAUUGAGCUGAAGGUGCGGCGUCCCAAAGACGUGCAACGCUUGAAGCGCGACGAUGCUGUUGCCGUGACUGAAUGGAAUUGGACGGAUAUCUUGCCACGACAGCUGUGGUUCGGCUUGGACAUGAGCAAAAACGUCACUGGCACCUUUCACUACGCCUUUCCCGCCUUGACGCCCUCGUGCCUUGGGCCGGAUUGA